AUGUUAAUGUUCUUAGUUGAUUUAAAAAAUAUAUUUUCAUUAUUUUCCUUCUCUGAUGAACUUGUGCUUCCUCCUACUCUCAACCUCGUAGUUGUCUCUGAUGAGAAGCCAUCACUACUGAUCCGACCUAUUUAUCAACAACACUGCAGUGUCAUAGGUGGUCGUGCUCUUCCUCUUAUCUGGGUGGCCGUUAACAUAAAGGAACCACAAGUAUUUGAAACAACCCCUUUGAUUAAUAAAAAUCAACCUUCUUCACCUCCUCUCUCAUUAACAUGUCAUAAAUCAAGUUUAAAGACAAGGUUUUGGAAGAAUGCUGAUCAUUUAACAAAUAAUACUAACAGUUAUGUUACUUCAGAUGUUAAAUUAUUAGAAACAAAAGUAAAUAAUAUUUCUACUGUAGAGUAUGACUCUUCAAGUUCUUCUUUUACACCUCCGCUGGAAAGUUUAUCAUGUAAAUAUCAAGACGAAAAUCCUGCACCAGAAAAUUUAAGUAUUCGUAAAUCAUCCAGAGCUCUAACUAAUUAUGAUGUGCAAUCAUGUAUUCUUAAUCCAGAGUACAUGGAACCAAACUGUUCAUCAACAAACUAUGGGAACUCUACUUUUAUGAGCCACUACUCACCAUUAUCAACACUUUAUGGUAUCAAUCCAAGUUCGUAUUACUGUAUACCAACAUCAUAUCGAAAUAUCUGUCAAGAAGCUUUUGAGCACCUACAUGGUGAGGAAAGAAGUAAAUUGGAUUCAGCAUACAACCUACCAAGCUACUCAUCGCAGAGCUGCAAUAGAUCACCAAUCGAUGUGUUGCAUAGAGUUUUUCCAAAAAAACGAAGAAACGAAAUAGAAAUCAUACUACAUCGUUCAAAAGGUAACGUCAUGAUAGUACUAAAUGGUUAUCAAAUAGUUUAUAAUCCAGUGAAUCUAGUCUUCUGA